CCCCCGCUCCCGCCCCUCCCCCCGCUCCCCUUUCCGCGCCCGCCCCGGCGCUCGGGUCACAGGAGCCUCCCGUGCAGCAUGGCGGAACCCGAGCUGCAGCUGGUGGCGCGGCGGAUCCGCAGCUUCCCCGACUUCCCCUCCCCGGGCGUGCUGUUCCGGGACAUCUCGCCUCUGCUGAAGGACCCCGCCGCCUUCCGCGCCUCGAUCAGCCUUCUGGCGCGACACCUGCGGGACGCGCACGGCGGCCACGUGGACUUCGUCGCAGGCUUAGACUCCCGAGGCUUCCUGUUUGGACCCUGCCUGGCCCAAGAGCUGGGCGUAGGCUUUGUGCUCAUCCGAAAGCGGGGGAAGCUGCCAGGCCCCACCGUGUGGACCUCUUGUUCGCUGGAGUACGGAACGGCUGAGCUGGAAAUCCAAAGUGAUGCCCUGGAGCCGGGGCAGAAGGUGAUCGUUGUGGAUGAUCUGCUGGCCACUGGCGGGACCAUGCAGGCAGCCUGCCAGUUGCUAGGCCGGCUGCAGGCUGAGGUGGUAGAGUGUGUGACCCUGGUGGAGCUGACGUCGCUGCGAGGAAGGGAGAAGCUAGGGCCAGUGCCCUUCUUCUCUCUCCUACAGUAUGAUUGACCAUGUGACCCCCUCAGCUGGGAGAGGAAAGUGUCAGCCUGGGGCAACUUAAGUGACCUUUCUGCCAGAGGCCACUGGCUGCCCACCCAAAGCUUACUUAUAUCUUUGGCCUGGGGCCCUUCUGGAAGUGCUAAAGCCUGGAGCAUGGCUGUAUGGGCGUGAUGGAGAGCCUGUUCUCAGGUUCCUAGACAAGGAGGACCAUGCCCUGGAACCUCCAGAAGGACCCACCUAGUGGCUAAAGUGCAACUUCAUCAUCUUAAAGAGUUGCAGAGAGCAAAGUACUAGAGUUCAGAAGGAGCAGUGGUUCUCAACCUUUCUAAUGCCACAAUGCAUUUUCAUUGUUACAAAGGGGUUGCAACCCACAGGUUGAGAACUGCUGUUCUGGAGGCUCCAGGGCAUGGCCAUCCUUUUCUUCUAGCUUCCAGGGACAACCUGCCUUCCCUGGCAAGGUGGCCUGGGGCAGCACCUCAUCGCCUAUUGGGUCCAAUUACAAACCCGGCAAAAGAACAAGAGUAAACAUCUCUGAUGUA